GUAAAUGGUAAACCUUAGCCUCUAGAGUGAAUCGUGAUCGUCACGCAUGUUCCCUCCUCUUUGAUACAGGUCGUGAAAUUUUUCCGUUGAGCACGUCGACCUUGACAUUCAAAUGUGUGUAUAAUUGCUCGUGAGAUGGCGCACAUGCAUCGCUUGCGCGCUGAUUUUUGCCGCGUGGACGGGUGGCGCUAUCGGUCGGAAACGAGGACAGCUGAUUGCUUGUCAUUGCCGAAAAAUGGUGAUCGCGAGAAUCUUGUGCUCUUGCCGUCCUUGCUUGGUGUGAAAAGUGCGUUGAGUUGUGGGAGAAAGGGUAGGUGUGAAUCGGUGGUGCGAACGGCAGUGUCAGUGUUCGAUGGUGGGUAACCCAUCAUGUCCAACUCGAGUCAUUUCCAGCCGUGGAUAGCGGCCAGCCGAGAUGUCCGCGGCACUUUCUAUGGCAAAGUUGAUAACGAUAGCGCGGCGGCAGGCGCUGCAUCAUCUAUGUCCCUGGACCUGUACACUCAAAUUGGACUGCAGAAGGUGGCGGCGCUAUACAAGGCAUCUCGUGAUGCCGAGGACGCCGCUGCCUGGACGGAGGCGGAUGAAGAGAAGACCCGGAAGAUGCAGCAAUUUGUCGAGGCCACGAUUGGAGAUUGUGCGAAAGAGCAGAUAUUUCAACUGGUCGAGAAGAUAUCCCAACUGAAACCGCCUGAGAGACUUUUUCUGUACCUACGAAUGCCUGGCGGCAACUCAGAGACUGAUCCACUAAGGCAACCACAAAACCCACUCGGGACCCGGAGCGAAAUAACACAUACGAUCAACUGGGUCAGGUCCCACCUAGAGCACGACCCCGCCGUAUCCAUUCCCAAGCAGGACGUCUACGACGACUAUAUAGAAUACUGUACAAGAUCAACCAUAAAACCUCUUUCGACGGCGGACUUUGGCAAGGUGAUGAAACAGGUGUUCCCUAAUGUGCGCCCUCGUCGUCUUGGGACCAGAGGUCAUUCUCGCUACUGUUACAGUGCCAUGAGAAAAGCCACAAAACUCAGUCCGCCGGUUCUGCCAGAGCUCGGAGGCUCUACAAAGGUGGUCGUUGAGGAAUGUGAAGCAACAGAUGGCGAGGCUUGGCGUGUGGUCAAAGGCUGGGCCGAAAGUCUCCUGAGCACCUCUUUCGAUACACUCAAAGAUCUGGCCAGUCACAUUAACAGCCACGGGCUCCAUUUACCCGCUAACACGGCCUCGCGCAUCCUGUUACAGAAAAAGCUGCUGCAGCGCGAUGGGAAGGAUAAAAAGAAGUGCACAGACGCCGAUGGAUCAUCAAUGAAGAAACGCCGAAAAAGAAGACGCAAGAAUUCGGCUUCCUCGACUGAAUCCAUUGGAGCUGCACCUUUCUCGGAUACGGAUAACAAUAAUGGAAAUUGUCAGGAGAGCCGACAAAUUGAGGUGAAGUCCAUGAGAAAUAACAGCAACAGUAGUUGCAGCCAGGACAUGAAGCCGUUCGUGUGUGAAGAUCUCCCGUUCGGCAAGGAGGAACCGUUCACGGGCCAUCAAGAGCCAAACUUAUCAAUUCAAGGUACAAAUUCAUCCUGUGAUAGUGGCCCAUUUUGUCAGGCAAUUGAGACGGUAUGUGUAAAGCAAGAAGUGGACGUGGCUGAGCAUCAGAAUAUCUUCUGCAAGAAGGUGCGCCAGGCACAACAAGCAAAGGGAUUGUGGCCACUACAGUCUGGCUCGGCGGCAGAGGGAACGAAUUUGCCACCAAAUGGCACCUCGGAUGACUUGAAAGAUGGCCAUUGCUUCAGUCAGCCCCAAUUGCCGCAGAAUGCCAUCAAGUACGAGAGAAGAAUGAUGCAGCGAGAUGGAAUAAACACAUUCAAGCGCAUCAAGUUGCCAGGAUAUUCAGAAGAUAUGCCGGAGAAUGGAAGUGAGAUCCCAGGAGAUUUCAUUCUUCCGCGUGAACGUGUCAUUAGUAUUUGCAACAUGGACAAGGAUGCUCUUGAUGACUACCUCAACGGUGGGGACAACUCACAGGAACCUGAAGCAGAACUAAUGCAGUACUUCUCGGGGGAGAUGGAGGCGCCUAGUGGAAAGAGUGGCGAAUGUGAGAGCGCUGAUCUGGGUCAAUUGCAGACGAGCAUUCCGCUGUUGGAAAAUUAUCAACUGUUCAGCGAUGGCAAAGGUGAAGGAUCAUCCAAUCAGAUUAAUCAACUGCGCCAGUAUCUGCAACAGAGUCUGCAGACAAGUGGAAAGAACUCCUCAGACUCACCCGUAGGAAAUUCCCUGAAUCUGUACCCGGGAUCAGCGUCUGCAUCUUUAGCAAUGAUGUCUCAGCGUCUCAUGUCGACAGAUGUACCAGGUGGUUCAUCGCGCGAGGCAGUGAAUUUAGGAAGGAAUGCUGUCCGAAAAAAAUUGAAUAUCGCUACUGCAACCACAGAGGCCACAAACAGCGUACCUCACAGUCCCAAUACACGUCGUAGGAACUUCAGUUUUGUUCCCAUCUCAGCAGGGCCGCAGAGCCCACAGAUUCGUACAAGCUCGACAACUAGCUGUCGUCAAACACAGACCUUUGUUAGUCCAAGGGUAACUCCAGUCACUAGGCGAUCUUUCAGAGGGCAUUGUAGCACAAUGAUGGCACCUGUAAAAACGGAGGCUGCAUCAGCACCGCCUAGUCCACCCUCCUGGACAGGCAAGAGUGGGGGGUAUGUCAUGAAACAGCCUGUUAGUCAGGGACAAGUGCCACCAGUGCCCGAAAUGCGCUCACAGAGCGUUCCUCUGCACUGUAGAAGUCCUCUCUUUGGCGGAACUAUCAACUGUUCGGCCUACACUUCGGCCUGCAGCUCCGUGGCACAAACCCCCAUUCCGCCAGACUACACAGACUUCACUAGUGACGUGGGUCUACUGGACUACUUCAACGGACCUGUUGCGUCGUCCAGCGCAGCUGCAGGUAUUGUCACGCCUGUAUUGGAUGGCGAACUGAAUAUAAGUGACUUUCCAGGUAAUUCUCGCUCUGUGCCAUCGACUCCUUUGCCGAUAAAUGGAACCACUGUGCAGGGCACCGUGGCGAGUCAGCCGACAAGCUAUGCAAAAAUGUACGACAUGUCCAAAUCAAUGCCAUCAACUCCGCUCACUGGAGGCAAUCUUUUCCGCUACAGUCCGGAGAUCAAUCGAGAUUUCCUCAUCAAUGGCAAUUCCUUAGACGCCUCGAAGCAGCCGCCCUUCUACGGACAGCCAGCGGCAGUCACAAGUGCCAUGCCCAUGGACGCCACGAUGGGUGACAAGGAGUUUUCUACAUUCACUGAUAGUAUUAUCUCAAAUCUGAACGAUGGGCCAACUUUUGAGUCGGAACUCCUCGAUAAUCUCUAAGCAUAAAAGGUGACCUACGUGGUUACCUAACAGGAUUCAGGUAAGAGAUUGCACAUGUCAAUUCCAUGGAAAACUUCAUC